AGGGGGCCGGAGAGCGGAGCGGAGGCUGCGCCUGGGAGCUAGGGCGGGGGUGGGCCCAGGCGCCUGGUGAGCGCACCGCCCUCCGCCUGGCCGCGGGGGAGGGGCCGCGGGCGCUGACAGACCGGGCCAGCCCUGGCUCCGGACUGAGGCCGAGAAAAUACACAAUGUCAGCUGUGGGGCAGCAACAAGAACAGUUGUCCCAAUCAGAUCUUUCCCCAUCAUCAAAUUCAUCUAGUUCCUUUGAGAUAAUAGACAUGGAUGCUGCCAGUUUGUACGAGCCUGUAUUUCCUCAUUGGUUUUACUGCAAGAUAAUAGAUUCUAAAGAGACAUGGAUUCCUUUCAACACUGAAGAUUCACAGCGGCUGGAAGAAGCCUAUGGUUCUGAAAAAGAUUGUAAUGGAAUGGUUGUUCCCACUGAUGGGGGCCGAUAUGAUGUACAUUUGGGAGAGAGGAUGCGGUAUGCUGUGUACUGGGAUGAGCUAGCAUCAGAAGUAAGACGCUGUACCUGGUUUUACAAAGGAGACAAAGACAAUAAAUAUGUUCCCUAUUCAGAGAGCUUCAGUCAACAAUUAGAGGAAACCUACAUGUUUGCUGUAACUUUGGAUGAAUGGAAAAAGAAACUUGAAUCCCCAAACAGAGAAAUCAUUAUAUUACACAAUCCAAAGCUGAUGGUCCAUUACCAGCCAGUGGCGGGAUCUGAUGAAUGGGGAUCUAUACCUACUGAACAAGGGCGACCCAGAACUGUGAAGAGAGGAGUUGAGAAUAUCUCUGUUGAUAUUCCUUGUGGAGAACCCUUACAAAUAGAUCAUCUGGUUUUUGUGGUCCAUGGAAUUGGACCAGCUUGUGACCUUCGAUUUAGAAGCAUUGUACAGUGUGUUAACGAUUUCCGUGGCGUUUCCUUGAAUCUGCUACAGACACACUUUAAGAAAGCUCAAGAACAACAACAGAUUGGCCGGGUAGAGUUUCUUCCUGUCAACUGGCAUAGCCCUUUGCAUUCUACGGGUGUGGAUGUAGAUCUGAGGAGAAUUACUCUGCCCAGCAUCAACCGUCUUCGACACUUCACCAAUGAUACGAUCCUAGAUGUCUUCUUUUAUAAUAGCCCCACCUACUGUCAGACUAUUGUGGACACAGUUGCUUCUGAAAUGAACCGAAUAUACAAACUCUUUCUGCAGAGGAACCCUAAUUUCAAAGGGGGUGUAUCCAUAGCUGGUCAUAGUUUAGGCUCACUUAUAUUGUUUGAUCUCCUAACAAAUCAGAAAGAUCCUUUGGAGGACAAUGACAGUAGAAAGGUUACUCCAAGAGUUGUUUUGGAUCAAGGAGGUACACUGGACCUGGAAGAAGAUUUGAAGAAACUUCAACUCUCUGAAUUCUAUAAUCUCUUUAAGAAGGAGAAAAUAGAUAAAGCAGCUCUGGCUUUGUGUACAGACAAAGAUCUUCAGGAAAUAGGAAUUCCUUUGGGACCAAGAAAGAAGAUACUAAACUAUUUUACAAAUGGGGAAAACAAACAGGGUAUUAACAAACAGAAUCAGCAGCCAGUUUUUGGAGGGAAUUUACCUGUACUUUCAGAAAAAAUCAAAGAUUGUAAUAGUACUGAUGGUGCUGGAAAUGAUGAGUAUUUGGAUAUUAGCAUUGGUCAGGCUUCUGUGAAAUACCCUAGACUGAUUUAUAAACCAGACAUCUUUUUUGCCUUUGGAUCUCCUAUUGGAAUGUUCCUUACUGUCCGAGGACUGAAAAGAAUUGAUCCCAACUACAAACUUCCAACAUGCAAAGGUUUCUUCAAUAUUUAUCACCCUUUUGACCCUGUGGCAUAUAGGAUUGAGCCAAUGGUGGUUCCAGGAGUGGAAUUUGAGCCUAUGUUGAUCCCGCAUCAUAAAGGCAGGAAAAGGAUGCAUUUGGAACUGAGAGAAGGCUUGACCCGGAUGAGCAUGGACUUAAAGAACAAUGUGCUGAGUUCCCUACGAAUGGCCUGGAAGUCUUUUACCAGAACUCCAUACCCAGCCCUUCAGGCCACAGAAGCAGCUGCUGCAGAUGAAACUGAGCCUGAACCUGAACCCAUUCCAGAGAAGCCUAGUGAUGUUCAAGCAGGAGACUCACCUGUGGCAGAUAAAGAAGAAACUCCUUCUAUCAAUGUUGGAAUGCUGAAUGGGGGCCAACGCAUAGACUAUGUAUUACAGGAGAAACCUAUUGAAAGCUUUAACGAAUAUUUAUUCGCACUGCAAAGCCAUCUCUGCUAUUGGGAAUCAGAGGAUACCGUUUUAUUGGUCCUUAAAGAAAUCUACCAAACCCAGGGAAUCUUCUUGGAUCAGCCUAUCCAAUGAAAAACACCAUCUCUACCUUAUCCGUGGCUGCUUAACAUGAACACUGAAGAUUGCUUCUCUAGAAAACUCACCUUUUCUGUUGCCACUGCCACCGUCUUGAACAUGGCCUGUCUCUUGCCCCUGCCCCCUGCCUGCCAUGAGGAGGAAUCAACUUCUUCUGGAAAUGUUGUAUAUGUUUUUAUCACUGGUUUCAUGUGAAAAUGAUUAUCUUUUCACCAUAGCCAGUGGUAAGGGCAUCUUUACUUCACAGUAUCUUCUCUCAGCAUUAUGUAGGCUGCAAAAUAGACCUGUACAUAUUGGGUUUGAGUAAAUAGAGAACUUCCUCUUGAACUAUUUGGAAAAACCCCUUGUUGUUUGUGACUUGAACUUAACAGCUGGGUAGUAAUGAGAUAACUUGUAUUCAGAGUUAUAGUGCAUAUGCACCAUAAGUCUGAGUGGCAUUGUCAUGGAAUAGGCCAAAACUACACCAAGGAAAGGGUCUUCUGAACUAGUGUUAAAUCAGGUACUUACAUCCAAAGACAUCAAAUAUCUUAGAACAGUAGUUUCAGACUCAAAUAGAAAGAGAUCCCUGCCACUCAUAUUGACUUAGAAAACCACAAAUUCACAUUAUAUUGUAUUGUAUUGUCUUUUUAUUUAUUCUGUUAAAUGUUUCCCUAUUACAUGCUAAGCUGGCCCAGGCCUUCCUAUGGUGUUCUUCAGGCCUGUUUGAUACCUCUGUCUUAGAAACUUUUUUCCCAUACUGUACCUCAUGCUGGGAAGCCCAGUAUACAGGUAUAUAUAUGGAGGGUGAGGUUAAAAAAAACCUAAAUCACUUCCUUUCUUUGAGAAUGCACAAACACACUGCAGAUUGAUGAGUUCUAUUAGGCCACAUGUACUAAAAAUAAAACAGGAAGUCUGCUAGUGGAACCAUUUCAAUGAAACGGAACCUUUGUAAAAUCUCUUGCCAAACCCACGUGGGUGAGGGUGGUAUUGUUUGCCUUCUGCAAGCAUGGUUAGGAUGCUAUUUGUAAACUGCCACUUUGUUGUAGCUCCACUCUCCUGAGUGCUUAUUAGAAGGGCUCUUGGCAGGCUAUAUAGGCUGAGCAGGUGCUUUGGGGCAGCAUUCAUGUCACUCAUCCUGGCCUCCAGGGGGGCCAAAAUGAUAGCCAUGGUAGUAUAUACACACUGCCAGCUGAGCCUGGAAUGGCCUGGCACUUGUGGUGGGGCAAGUGAAUUUAUAUGAUAGGACCAUUGCCAGUGAGUCACUUUUUUUUUUUAAGGUAUUUGCAAAGUUGUGAAUGUCUUUCUCUUCAUGGCUUGGGUAUUGCUAACCUGUGUGGGAGUGAAACUAUUACAAGUUUCACUACAGUCUUUACUCUUUUGAAGACUGUCACCCUCCACUUUUAGAGCACUAGAAGCAGGAAGGCUUCAUUUAAAAAUUAAUUUAUUAUAUCACUGUACUAAGGCUAGAAUCAUCUCACAGUAUAUUUUCAGGAUAGCAGUGGCCUUUACAGAGAAAUGCUAGGAGGCAGGGAAGCUCCCUGGCAAAGGGCUGUCCUACACUCAUCUCAAUGACUGAAGAGAAUAAGACAGAACCUGGCCUCUUCUUGUCCCCCUGAUUGCAAGCAAAUACUGACCAAUAGAAAAUAUUGUUACAUGGGAUAUUGUCUAUUAUGUUUAUUAUGUAAAAUGUGAUGAGCGUGAAUUAAAUGUUGGUAAAAGCCCCAGGAAGCAUCUGAGCUAUGCAUUGAACAGCUGAUGCUUCUGAUGCAGCCUGCAUCAGGUCAGUUGAUGAACCAAAUGACAAGAAAUGUUGCUCCCUUGUAACCAAAGAUGAAAAGGGUAUAAAGAAGGUAGCUGAGAUUUAACCACUCUCUGCACUAAAAGUGGGGAAUAUUAGUGGGGAGAAAUGUUUGUUUGUAAGAGCUUUGUCUUUUUCCCACCCGUGAUGUAUCAUGGUAUGUAUGGUGUGUAUUUGUUGGAUGUCAGCCUUUGACUUAACUUUUAUUUGUAUAUUACUUGCACUACUUAAAAUGCAUCAUGUGCAAUCUCUUGACCAAUCUUGAAAAGCUUACUUAGUCUGUUCUGAAAUCCUUCCCAGUGCAGUGACAUUUUAAACAUAUUCCUGGCAAUAGAAUUAGCACUGCCCAUUUUAGCAAAAGCAACUGUUUGCUGCAUGGAACCACUAACAGUUCUGAUUGGCUUUUCAAUAUGGGGCACUUUUGAAAUGUUUGUUUUUUAUAAUGUGAACCUCUAUACAAUUCUUCGUUGAAUUCGGAAAUAAAACCUUACUCACAGA